AGAAAAGCCAGCCAGGCUUCCAAAGCAUAGUUACCAUUAAUCUUCUGUUUUCCUUCCCUGUUCUGCACUGCUCCCUGCCAUCCCACAUUCCACCAUCAACACAUUUACAAAAGUGGUUUAAAACAUAAGUGGGACUUAUCAGUGGUUGGGGUCCUCGACUUUAAGUAAUUGUAACAGCAACUCUGAGGUCAAGAGGAGCAACGCAGAUAACAGGUGCAGGUUAAAUUGCCUACAAUAAAGUGGGAAUUUUUAAAUCAAGUUUUAUUGGGGUAUAAUUUACACUAUCAAAUUCAUCCCUUUCAAGUGUACAAUUCAGGGGUUUUCAGGCAACUUGGCGAGUUGUGAAAGGAGCACCACGGUCACCCCAAUAAGGUACCUGGUACCCACGAGAAGCCCCGCCCGGGUCCCAGCCCCGAAGGACAGUCACCCCACUUGGCCUUUAGAGAUGGGCCUCUUCUGGACGUUUCCUGCCACUUGAGGUUCAAGCCGGGCUUUGCGCCCGGAGGUUUCCCGGCCGGGCUCCGGCGCUCCCCCACUGUCACCCCGCCCCGAGGGCGCGGACCGGGCGGGGUUGGCUCGGGCCCCUCCCGCCUCCGGGAACCCGAAAGCGAAAGGCGGACCCGGAAGCGGCGGCGCCAUGGCCUCGCGGAGCCUGGCCAAGGACCUGCAGGAUGAGGCCACCUGCCCCAUCUGCCUGGAGCUCUUCUCGGAGCCCGUGUCCCUCGGCUGCGGCCACAACUUCUGCCGCGCCUGCGUCGCCCGCAGCCGGGGCGCCGGCGACGCGCCCUUCCCCUGCCCGGAGUGCCGCGAGCCCUGCGCGCCCCGGAGCCUGCGGCCCAAUCGGCCGCUCGGGAGGGUGGCCGCGGUGCUCGCGCGCCUGCGGCCGACCUCGGACCGCGGGGGGCCGCGCGACCCCUGCGACCUGUGCACCGAGCACUUGGAGCCGCUGAAGCUCUUCUGCGAGGACGACGGGAGCCCCAUCUGCGUGGUGUGCGACUGCGCCCGGGCGCACCGCGACCAUCGCGUGGUGCCGCUGGAAGAGGCGGCGCAGACCCACCGGGAGAAUUUUCCGAAGAUGCUGGAAGAAUUGAGGAAAGAGAUGAAAAAGGCGGAAAGGAUGCAGACGGAAGUGGUGACGACUUCCGAAGUGUGGCAGGCGAAGGUGCAGGAGCGGAAACAGAGGACAGUGUCUGAGUUCGAGAAGUUCCGACAACUGCUCGCAGAGGGUGAGCUGCGGCUCCUGAGGGAGCUGGAGGAGGAGGAGGAGGCGAUGCUGCAGAAGUUGAAGAAGGAGGAGCUCGCCCUGGCCCAGCAUGGCCGAACCGUGGAGGAGCUCGUCUUGGAGCUCAAUGAGCGCAGUGAGCGUCCUGCUCUGGGCCUGCUCCAGGGUCUGGGAGAGAUUCUGAGCAGGAUUAAGAACCUGAAGCUCGAGAUGCCAGCGACUUUUUCCAUGGAGCUGAGGACUACAUGCAAAGUUCCUGGGCUCCUGGAGACCCUGAGGAGAUUUCAGGUGCAAGUGACCCUGGACCCCAAGAGUGCGUCCCCCAGCUUCACCCUGUCCGAGGACCACAGGACCGUGACACAGACCCAGCCCUGGCGCAGCCAGUCCAGUCUGGAGAAGCUGCUGGGGGACUUUACAAGCGUGCUGGGCUGCGAGCGCUUCACCACUGGGCGACACUACUGGGAGGUGGAGGUGAGAGGCGGAGGGAACUGGACCCUCGGGGUCUGCAAAGACGAUGCCAACAGGAAGGUGUCAGCCCUCUGGAACCAGGAUGGUGGAUGCUGGAGCAAGGGAGACCUGUUUCCUGCAGGCACCUUCUAUCCUCAGAAAACAUUCUACCCCCGGGUUGGGGUUUUCCUCGACUAUGAGGCAGGGGAGCUUUCUUUCUACAAUGUGAAUGAAGAAUCCCACCUUUAUACCAUCCCCCAAGCUGGCUUUCACGGGCCCCUCCGGCCCAUCUUCAUCACCCCCCCAUGGUGUCAGACCAGUCUGACCAUCUGUCCAAGGCCAGGAGAGAGCACCAAGGGUGUUCUCAUUGCUGGAGGGGGCGCAGCUGCAAAGGCAUUGCCCAGGGGCCCCUCUAAGCCCCAUGUGUUUGUGUUUGGAGGUACACCUGCCCCAGCCCCUCCUCAUCCCCCACAGUUGGGUUCCUGAGGAUCAGAGCAAGUUGGCAAAGGAAAGAGGCUGAUGUUAGACAAAGCAAUUAGGGACCUCAUGAUUAGCUGCAUCUCCUCAUGCUGCUGUGGCUGCUAAAAUAACCCAGGCUUCUUAACAUUCAUUCCAGAAGAGCUUCAUUUCUUCUCUUUCCUGGUAGCUCCUUACCAAGUUGGGGGACUCUCAUGGGCUUGGCAAACCCAGAUGGUAACAAGCCAUUUCAGUCUCAUUUGCAGUGGUUUAGUCACACAGAGAGCAUUAUGAGUUGGUGGAUUUGAUGUUGGUUGAAGGAGUCGGUGAUGAACUUGCUCGAACCCAGAAGGCAGACCCUGGCAUCUUGUUAGCCUUGCAGAGUCAUGGUGGUCAUGGCAUAAGAUGAAAGGGGGCAAAGAUGAGCUGUGGUAUGCCUGUUGUCCCAUUGGGAUGCUGCACCCUUCUAAACUCCACAUUCCCUAGGAGAAGCAUUGAAAAUAGACAAAAGUGACCAGAAUGGUAAGGGUUUGGGCAGUCACCUCAUGAGCCUUAUGGUUGCAGACCUGGCUUGCUUAUCAAGGGGGACAAAAGGUUUGUGGGCAAGAGGACAGGAUUUGUGAGCUGUCCUCAUAUGCUGGAAGGUACAUGCUUUCCUGAUCAUGUGGGCUGAAUCCCAAUUUGUGCAUGAUAUUGGAGAGGAAGUGCAGUGUGGAGUGGGUUAGAAUGGCCUCAGACUUUUCAGGCCCAAUGCCUCUUUUUCUGAAAAGUAUUUGCUAUGAAAAGUGAAAAUCAUAGAUAACAAAUUCUCCCUGCAUGUAAUUUUAAAAAAACAUCGCUGUGAGUGCUGAGCUUAAAACAAAGAAGAAAUAAAAGGCAAGCAUUUUAUAAUAAAAUAAUAAUUAUGUCAACAUGUAAAUGCUUGGGUGCAAAUGCACCAGAGAUGUACCAGCAGUGAGCUUCUGUCUGUAUCAGAACUGUGAUCUGGAGGGCUGCAAAUGCCCGCUGAGCGAGGAGGGAUUCCAAAGAGAAAUCCACAGGGACGCUGCCUUCUGGGAUGUUCUUUUCUGAAAUGAUGCUUAAUUCUUGAUCAAAUUCCAAACUAAACAAUGUGCAGUUUUUCCUCACUUUACCAGACAUUGCAUUCCUCAAAAUGUAUAUUAAAAUAGUGCAAACAGUGCUCUGUGUUCGUGUGUGUGAAACAGAGUUCUGACGUCCAUGGGUGUCUGGUGGGACAGUCAGGACACGUGUGGGACAUGUGUCGAGUCCCUGGGUUGGGCUGGCCUGCAUGCUGCAGGAUGUCACAUUCUUGGUCCACUAUCUGUGAUACAACAGAACAUGUGCCCACAAGCUCUCACAGCCUCCACUCGGUUGCGGGAGCUCUCCCAUCGAAAACCUUAAGAUUAGAUGUCCUCUAGGGAUCCUUCUCUCUCAGGUACAAAUGACCAUAUUUUAAAGACAGUAUAAAUCUUCUGGUAGGAAAAGGGAGUCCUAUAGUUGGAAGAGACUUCAGAGGGAACUGAGCCUUCUUCUCUGCCUGACUUUUGCCCUUGGCUCCUGGGUGGUAAAUUGUAAGCCCUUGGAACGCCCUGCCUCUGUUUACCUGGUGUUGUGGGGCUAUACCAGUUAGGCUACCUCAAUGUUACUGGCUCACUGGAGGAGGCUGGGUGCCAACCAGAGUGGAGUCUUACUCCAGGUUUGGUGUCCCACUGAUACAGCCCAGUGGCAAAGUAACAGCAAGGCUUUAUUUGAGAUGUUACAGAGGGCACCAUCAGGCUGGAGUCCCUGAGCAGAGAGACCACUGCUCCUGGUGGGCUACAGUUCAGGCUAAUUACAGCUUAGGCAGUUACAGCUCAGCAUGGUACAUGCCAAAGAAUGUCAGCACAGCCGAACUGAAGAGAGAGUUGCCCUCAGUGAGUUCAGUCUUGGCCUUUUAUUGGUUAGAGGGGGAGGGCUUAGACAUAUGGUGUUUUAGGAUUGGCUGAUUUCUAUGCAAAUAAGGGACUGCACUGUGGUCAAAUGGGGGACAAGUUAAGAGCGACUUGUGGUUGGUUCCACUGAAGGCCAUUUUGAUUGGUGCUUGCAUCGUGGGCUAUCUUGAUUGGUCCAUCAAAGGUGGUUCAGGAUUGACUCAUUUGCAAUCCUAGUCCUGUGCCCCCAGCAGUAACACUGCAACUUACGGUGGUCCCAUGAGAUCAACCUGACUUUUGGAGAGGCUGGAGUCAAUAGAAUGUGGCCUAAUGAACUUGUAUGUGCUCAGAAUUCAUUUUGUUUUGUUUUGUUUUUAAUUAAAUUUUAUUGAGAUUUAUGCACAUACCAUACAGUCAUCCAUGGGGUACAAUCAGCUGUUCACUUGUUCACAGUACCAUCAUAUAGUUGUGCAUGCAUCAACACAAUCAAUUUUUGAACAUUUUCAUUAGCAUACAAACAAGGAUAAGAAUACAAGUUAAAGUAAA